AUGCCAGCGAGCAUCAUAGUGGUCACCUUGCCCGACGACGCAUUCCUUUACACCCGAGUGUGUGAUGAAAUGAAAGCGCAUACAGUGGAUCUCGUCACUCGAACAGGUGUUCAGAAAUCAGAACACGAUGUGCCCGGAGAAUCAGGUAUUGACCGAUUCUGUAAGGAAGCUAUUCCUAGAAGAAAUCAACCAGAUAAGGAGGCAAAGUGCAGAAGAAGCGACGUACGACAGAUGAAUGACGCUACACUCGUCAUUCGUGGAGAGCAGGUUCAGUCGCGAAAUAUCCUGUCACCUCGUCUGGCCAUUCUCCGCCUCCGCCCUCUGCGCCGAAAAUCCAUCAGUAUCAUCAACUGCUACUCACCAACAUUUGCAGCUGGUGAAUCCGAAUUGGACGCGUUUUACGAGGAGCUGGAGGAAGUAGUCCGCAACGAGGAGUCCUUCUACAAAUUCGUUGUCGGAGACUUCAACGCAAAACUAGAAAAGGCCACAGAAGAGGAAUACAGGAUUGGAAGAUUUACACUAGGGGACCGGAAUGAAAAUGGCAAUCGUCUCGCCGGGCUGCUGUCCGCCGUUCGCCUCUUUCAUGGGAACUCUCUUUUCAUGAAAAAAGAUCAUCGUCGGUGGAUAUGGGAAUCGCCCAACGGUGCGACUAGUGCUGAGAUCGACUACAUACCAACCGGAGACUCCUUGUCCCAAGAUGGCUGGCACAUCGAAGAGGAUCCAAACGUGGACUACGAGAUGCUGCUCAAAGGGUUACGAGCCUGUGCUAAAUGUGCCUCGAAGCCGCGCACGACAAACUUGGAUCGAAUUUCGAAGACCACCAAGGAAUCGUUGGAAAGAAGAAGGGCUUUGAGGCUUGAUCCGAUCACAUCGCACAUUGAGUGGGGUAAGGGUGAACCACAAACAGUGUUCAACACCCAACUCUCCGACCGUCCAUACUUACUCACAGGAGAGAUCACUGUGAUGGACAAUGAGACAAAAGCCAUAUCCAAGGUAGAUGUUCUCCUCGAUACCGGAGCGGAAACAUCAUUUAUCGAGAGUUCACUUGCAGCAAAGUUACACCUUCCUGUACUCGAACAUAAGACAAUUAGACUGCACACGUUUGGAUCGAAAGAAACGAAGCAAGAAAAGUAUGCGCUAGUCAGAUUGGAAGGAUGGGAUGACGAAGAAACUUUGCAUUCAUUAGAUCUGUUGACUUAUGAGGUUUUGACUAGGUCUUUUUCAUCACUGCAACUGUCGGUAGAGGAUCAGAGUUUCCUGAACUCCCUCGACAUUUCGCUACCUAUACGAAAAGAUAAAAAAAUUGUCAAACCUCUCAUACUCCUACAAUGUGAUCAGUUGUGGUCAUUCAUGAGGUGCGACAAAUCAGCAAUACCUUUGCCAUCAGGAUUUUAUCUUUUGCCAACCAAGCUAGGACCCAUAAUAUCAGGAAAAGCGAAGUCAAUAACAUCCAAAACGGCUCAGUCAAUGACAUGCCAACUGAUUCAAGUUUCUCCUUAUGUAAAUGACAUCAGUCACUGGGAUAGUACCCGGUCCAUGGAUGAUGCUGGUGAAACUCAAGCCACUACGAUAAGAGCUACAGUGUCAGACAUAACCGAGGAAGAAAGGGAGAAAUGGGAUCAAUAUUGGACAAUGGAUAAAGCUGGGACUGAAGGACUCGGCAAUACCGAGAAAGAGGUUCGUGCUGCACUAGACGAAAAAGUUUGGAAAUUCUUCAACCACACAAUCCAACAGAAAGAAGACGGAUACUACGUCCCCCUUCCUUGGAAAGAGCGAUAUCAAUACCUUUCGGACAAUGAAGCACUCGCCCAGAAACGUCUAGUCAACGUAUGGGCUUUAUUACGAAAGGAUGUGAACAUUCUGAAUCAAUACAAUAACGUGUUCCAAGAACAACUGGUUAACAAUAUAAUCGAAAUAGUGGACGAAACAGCACCAACUCAAGGAAAUCAAGUCCACUACAUCCCUCAUCAGCCCGUCUUUACUCCGAACAAAGCGGCAACCAAGCUACGGGUAGUUUUCGAUGCGUCGGCACACUAUAAAGGAAUCGGACAAAUCGCAAUAAUAUCGCAUGUAGAGAAGGCUUUUCUGCAAGUACGAUUACGAGAAGUAGAUCGUGAUGUAACUCGAUGUCUCUGGCUUAGAGACCAUAACUCGUCUCUGGACCAUACACUGGACAAUAUCUAA